GCGGGGCCUGGGGUGGAGAGCGAGCGGCAGGCGGUGGCGGGAGCUGUCCGCGAGCCCUAGUUCUGAAGUGGGCGAGGAGGUGCCCGGCGCCCGGUUCCAGGGCAGCGAAGACGAUGGCGUUCAUGGUGAAGACCAUAGUGGGAGGCCAGCUGAAGGACCUCACCGGGAGCCUAGGGGGCGGCGAAGACAAAGGGGACGGGGACAAGUCAGCAGCCCAAGCGCAGGGCAUGAGCCGAGAGGAGUAUGAGGAGUAUCAGAAGCAACUUGUGGAAGAGAAGAUGGAGCGGGAUGCACAGUUCAUGCAGAGGAAGGCAGAGCGGGCCACGCUGCGGAGCCACUUUCGAGACAAAUACCAACUGCCCAAGAACGAGGCAGAUGAGAGCCAGAUCCAGAUGGCAGGUGGAGACGUGGAGUUGCCCCGGGAGCUGGCCAAGAUGAUUGAGGAGGACACAGAGGAGGAAGAGAGGGCCUCAGUCCUCGGGCAGCUGGCCAGCCUUCCUGGCUUAGACCUUGGCUCCCUCAAGAACAAGGCCCAGGCCACACUGGGGGACCUCAAGCAGUCAGCUGAGAAGUGCCACAUCAUGUGAUUACUUCCCCUGGGAGUGCUUAUGGGUGUGACCAGAGGGCUGGGGCCACAUGAGCUUGAAAAGCAUGUCUCAACUUCCGUGGACCCAUACUCCACCUUGGCUUUGUUUCCCCUGUACCAGCUAGACUAGGACCCUUUUCUGACCCAGCCACCUUCUGGCUUCUCUCUCUCUCCUCUAGGAACAAAGUCCCCAUUCCUCCCCCUACCCUCUCAGGACUCAGCCUCCCUGCUCAGCCUGGGGAAGCCUCCCAAGAUUGUAGGAAUAGGCCGUGGACCAAAAUUCCUACACAUAGGUGCA